AUGGACCGACCAUCGUGGUCUGAGUGGCUGGAGACCUUUCUCGCCUGCUACGUGCCGAAACGCAGCGGGGAGACCGAGGAGUUGCUGCACAAGUGUCGUGUGCACGAAGAUGCGCUCUUCUACUGGCUGGAAGCCAAAUACGGCCCAGAUCCUGUGCCCCUGACGCAGCGAAAUGACGCGCGGAUAGCAGCCUUCUUUGUGCGGGCGGGGCUGCCGGUGCCGGAGGAAGCGGAGAUCGAUGAAAUCAUACGUGCCCUCCGUGGAGGCGAGGAGGAUUUCUUCUUCCACCUCCAACAACAGUACGGCGCUGAGCACCCGCUGUAG